ACUGCAACUUUGCAAGUUUGGUCAGAGGAGAAAUGAUCGUGCCCAACUGAGCCUGGUUUCUCUCAAGACUCCACAAGCCAAUCACGAGUAUUGGUGCGCGCUCCCCAACUCAGCGGCGCUCUGAUUGGCUGAAAGUUCUAUUGUGGCCGCGUGCUUGAAGGCAUCAAAGGCUUCAUGCCCUUUGCAUGAGACGUCAGUGCGACUUUGAAGUUCGGGUGUCCAAAGGCAAGUCGCGAGGAGGAUGUCCGCGUCCGCGAGCCUGAAGGAAUCAGACGGAGAUCGGGACAUGGAGCAGCGCAAAACCCAAGUGUCAAGCCAUCCGUUCAGCGUGGAGUCUCUUAUUUCUAGCCACAAAACCAAUAAGGACUUUGAGAGAAGGCGAGAGGAUGUGUCCAGUCAGUUUGCGCAGACUGAGAUCAGGGAUUCUUGCGGUUCGGCUGGAAUACCAAAGCACUUUAUGCUUCAAACCUCACCCGUCAAAUCCGAGUCUCCUGAGCCGGAUGACUGCACAUCAUGGGUUAUGAACUCUAGAUACUCGCAGACUCGCCAGGAAAGUCCCUGUCCUCUCCGCAAGCACAAGACCAAUCGCAAACCCCGUACACCAUUCACAACCUCACAGCUCCUUGCCUUGGAGCGAAAGUUCAGACAGAAACAGUACCUGUCCAUCGCAGAGAGAGCCGAGUUCUCCAGCUCCCUCACCCUCACAGAGACCCAGGUCAAGAUCUGGUUCCAGAACCGACGGGCCAAAGCCAAACGUCUACAAGAGGCAGAGCUGGAAAAGCUCAAGUUGACUGCCAAACCUGCUCUGCACCCCAAUUUCAGUCUGCCUCUUCCUCUUGGGACACAACUUCAUUCAGCGGUCUCUCUCUAUGGCCAGUCGUACCCUUACCAGAGGCCUUUAUUGCCUGUAGCUCCAGUGGGGCUUUAUGGGACACCUUUAGGGUACAGCAUGUAUCACCUCGCAUGAGAAGAGCGCUGAAAACUGGACUAGCGGACGUACCUGUGGAUGUACAGAAAGACAUUGUUUACAAUGCCCAAUGCCGAAAAAAAUAACCCACAAGUUGCUAAAGAUUUCAUAAUGUGCCUUGCCUUCAAGUCCUGACUUGAAAAACGGAACAUUUUAGCUCCGUCUUCACUGACUGACAGAUCACAUUUUACCCUAUGGAUGGAUAAUUCUAUUGCCAAAACUUUUGUGUAUAUUUUUGUCAUACGUCUUUAUGUAAUAUAUUGUAAAUCUAAUUAUUAUUAUUAUUGUUGUGUGUGUGUGUGUGUGUGUGUGUGUGUGUGUGUGUGUGUGUGUGUGUGUGUGUGUGUGUGUGUGUAUGUGUGUGAAAUAUUGGAUGAGUUUAAUGUCCACCACAUUUUAUGUUGAUGGAUUUUUUAUACUGUAAAAAUUUGUUUCUGAUGGAAUUUCCUUUCUAGGCAUUGUUGACAUACCUGUAGUCAUGUUUUCAACAUAGUCAUACUGUUCGAAAAUGAUUAAAUGACUAGAUGUAUGAUUUUAUA